AUGGGAACAAAGAGAAGACUCUUUUCAUCGAGUCUUUCCCGAAUUUCGACUCAAUUUGAAGAACCUUCAUCGUCCCUACCAGCAAUAAUGUACAAGAAGAGUUUAUUGAAUAAUAGUAUGAUCAAUCAACAGAAUGGAAUACACUACUGGAGCUCUCCCGCAAAAAGAAAAUCUUCUCUUUCUACUCCUCAUACGCACUUCAAUUCUCCAAAACAUAGUCUGAUGAACCACAGUUUCACUCCUUCACUCCCUUUACAGCAUUCAACGAGUCCUUUUGAGCGAGUCAUGAUGAUCCACGACAAUGAGGAAUCUUCAGGCUCGGACACUAGCUCGGUCGGUUCUCUUUCUUCACCUGUAAGCACACCAAGAGUUUACUUUGAUUCCAUUUUGCAUUCUUCGAAGAAAACUAAGGACAUAGCAAAAACACCAUUCUUAGAUCAGUUCAAUAGUGAACAUGUUCGCGUUUCAAAAAAAGCUCCCUUAUUGAAAUUGGAGUUUGUGAAAAUUAUAGAGAAUCAUCGAAAGACUUGUGACCACAUGGUUGAAGAUUUGAAUUUCGAAGUUCCUUCAUUCUUAAAUGAUUCGUAUAAUUGUAUGGAUUUUUGGACGAUGAUUAAUCAUCACCCUUGUAUUUUUUAG